AUGAAAUAUGAUUGUUUAAGAGGAAAUGAACGUUUCAAUGAUGGUUCAUCAAUAACAACAUUAAUUAUAAUAUUUUUAUUUCCAUUAAAAUUUUGGAUUCAUAGUUUUGCACAAAUGUCUCAAAUAUCAAAUCGAUCAUUUUUACAUAUUCAAUGUAUGUUAUUAGAUUAUUUUCUUCGAAUAUUUAUCCAUAUGGAUCAAUGGUUAAAUGCAUGUGUAGCUUGUGAAAGAGCAAUAACAGUUGUUAAAGGUGCUCGUUUUAUUAUAACAACAUUUCAAUUUUUUGCUUCAUUUAUAAUUAAUUUUAAUUCAGCAUUCAUUCUUAUAGCACAGAAACCUCGUCGACAAUCAACUAUUCAAAGAAAACGAAAUUUUAAAGAUAUUUCAAAAGAAAAUUGUCGAGAACAUAAACACCUAUUUAUUGCACUUGCUAUAUUAGUGAUUCUUGCUUUACCACGUUUAAUUAUUUCUUUUACAUCAAAAUGUAUGCAAUCAAGCAAAGACUCGUGGUUAUUUCUUUCAGCAUAUCUUAUUUCAUUAAUUCCCAGCAAUGCUUACUUUCAUUGUGUAUGUAUUACCAUCAAGAUUUUAUAAAAAAGAAUUUCAUAAAUCAAUUGUUCAGUACCGAACGAAUAUACAACGACGCUUACACAUUGUGCUAUGAAAAAAAAGGUAUAAAUAUAACUAAGUUUAACAUUAAUAUUUACGCUUUAUUUUUUGUCAAUAAAUAUGAACAUUAAUUAUGUAAAUAAAUUAUUUAAUCAUUCGUAUGUUAUAGUUUUAUCGUCUUGUAAGGACUGACUUAUUUUUCAACAUUAUUAUCAUUUGUUCUCAUAAUAUUUUAUGUUGAGGGUGAG